AUCUCAUUAACAAUAAAAUAGGGAGGAAAAACUUCAAUUGAUGUGUUAUUUGAAUGACAAAAAUUUUGAUUAAUUUUUGGAGACAGUGAAAGAGGAAGAGAGAGCUUUAAACCUGCCGUGAGUAAUUAACUGCAAACAGCCCAUCACAACCCACCACCUCAUUCCAUCCAGAAAAAGAAACCCUACCCUACUUUCUCAUGGAGCGAAAUAGUCGUUUCGUUUCACAAUCAUCGCAAGAGAAGCUUGCUUCAUUAAGUUCUUCCGGUUCUCGAUCAUCACAGUUUCGCCAUCUCUUUUACAUUGAAAUUGAAAAUAAUCCAGAGGGAAAAAGCAGAGGGUAUAGAGAUUUGAGUAGAAGGCUUCGACGGCAGAGAAGCAGAUGGAGCAAUCAAGCUUUAGUAAUCUCCAUCUCAGCCGAAGCUGUUGUCAGUCAAAGAGUCAAACUUCCGCUCCAAGCAAAAAAUCGACUCUUGAAAUACUGGUUUCCUAAAAUCUUCCUAUCAGUAACGGCUAGUUUUCUGCCAUUCGGACAGUUCCGUUUAACCUCCGAUGAUCUCUGUUCUUUCUGCAUUAUUUCUUUCACAAGCGGUAGCAGAGAAAGAAACCUUAUAACCUCUUUCAGCCUUCUUUUCCGAGGAACAGAGAAGUGAGAAGCCCUAUUCUUUUCUUCUUUCUCCAAUCUCUUACCACCAUCUUCUCCAACAUUCUACCGCGAGAAACAGAGGAACCCAGUUACUUGUUUCUUCAUUCUCCCACAAGAAACCCGUUUCUUUAUUCUAAUAUCUUCUCCUUAGUUUCAACAACAAUCUUCAAUAUUCCAUCAUGCUUCUGGUCCGGGAGGUUUGGGCUCACAAUUUGGAAAGAGAAUUCAACCGGUUGGCCAUGCAACUCACUGAAUAUCCGAUCGUCUCUAUAGAUGUCGAGUUUCCAGGUUGUCUCCGGCCCACGCCCAGAUUUGCUUCUGAAUUAGAUCGUUACUGUGACAUGAAAUACAACAUUGACAGCACCAAGAUGCUUCAAUUGGGUCUCAAUCUCUCGGAUGAAAUGGGCAAAAUCGGAGGUACUUGGGAGUUCAAUUUCUCUAAUUUUGAUGAAGCCAAAGAUGCCUGUGAUACCAGGUCUAUCGAAUUCUUGAAGGGAAAUGGUUUAAAUUUUGAAAGAAUGAGAGCAGAUGGAAUCGAUCUCUAUGAGUUUACAGCAGGAUUUAUUCGUAUCUUCAGCCGGCAAAGGAAUUUGAAGUGGGUGAGUUUUCACGGCUUAUAUGAUUUUGGGUAUCUUUUGAAGUUGGCAACAAGAAGGUUCUUGCCCAAUUCCCUGCUCGGAUUUGCUCACAUGAUGGGAAAGGUCUUUGGUAAAGUUUUUGACUUGAAAAUUAUGACCAAAGAUUGCAAGCAGCUACUCAGUGGUGAGCUUGGACUAGAGAAGCUGGGAGAAUUGCUAGAAGUGGGAAGAACAGGCUUGGCUCAUCAUGCAGGCUCAGAUAGUUUGUUAACAGCAAACUGCUUUGCAAGAAUUAAGAACAAGUUUCAUAUCAAAGAUCAAUUAUACAGUGGAUGUCUCUACGGGAUCAAUAUUCGAAUCAUAAGGCCAAGACCCACACUGCAUGUUUUUGUUCCUCCAUGUUUCAACGAUUACAAUUCUACUCUGAAAUUCUGUAGACUACCUGUCUACCCCCCACCUCCUCAUCCGGUCUACCACAUAUAGUUUUUUUGUUGGGAAGGAAUCUUACUAGCUGUAACUAGGUGAAAUAGAAGAAAAAAUGGAUUAGCUUGUAAAUUUUGUGGGUAAUAUAGUCCUGACUGGAUCAAAUUUUUGC